UCCGUGCGCUUUUCGAAAAUAGUUACAAAAUUUUCAUCGAAGUGAGUGGAACGCCGCAGCGGUAAGCGGAAUCGAAAUCGGAAUCGGAAUCCGUCGCAUGGACUCUUGAGCAGCCGGAGAAGCUCGCUCCAAAAUCGCUGAAAAACUGAAGCACAAUCGCGUUCUUCGCGUGGAAACGCCAGCACAAAAACAGCACACAGCAAUCAAAUCAAAUCAAAACAACGUAAAUUCCCAUUUGUUCAUCUGCGUAUGGGAACCAAUUCCAAUUCUUCAGCCAAAAACCCAGUGAAACAAGAAGUGCAUGCGGUUUUGCUGCUCGUGGAGCUAUUGUUAUUUUUAAAUUGCUGACCGCAGAAUAUUUGUACUGCUAAAAAUAGACGGCAACACACAAAAAGAGAUGCCGCCGAAACAGAAAUAAACCAAAAGCCCAAAGGGUAAAAACUCGAAAGUGCCAAAACAAACAAGAAUUUCACUUAGAAGAAGUGCGUGUUCUAUAAAUAUACAAAUACAAAAUCGCAACAAAAUAGCAACCAGGAAUAUUUGCUGCCCAAUCGCAGCACAAAACUGCAUUUUGUUAAAUAUUUAAUCUGGAAAAGCAAUGUGUCAAAGUAUAGUGCAAAAAUAUUUAUAAUACUCUGCCAAAACAUUAACAACCGAAAGGGAAAAUAGAAUUCUACUCACACUGUGUGCAUUUUAUAAAGACUUUCGUUUUUUGGAAUACAAAACAAACAGAAAUACAAGAGGCGGAAUCCAUUAGUUCCGCAUUAAAGUGUUAAAAUAAAUUAAGUCUUGGAUACUCCGUGAACUUCGCAUUUUGGAAUACUUCAGCACCACUUUGGAUAUCCGUGUAUGUGAAUUCUAUUAGUAUUGCCAAUCGAUCUGGAGGGCAGAAGGAAAUAAUUUCACAAAGUUGACAUGUUCAAAGCCAACGAGGAACUCUCAUUUUACAUAUCGUCGACCACCAGCCAGUCUUGAGGGAGUUGCCAGGACACCAAGAGACCAAGCAGCAACAUGGACCUGCCGUCGAUGGUGCAGCGUUCGGGUGACACGCUCAUCGUGCGCAGCGUGGUCAGCGGCAAUCAGCUGUACACCGAGCAGGGUGGCCACAACCCCGCCGGCAGCACGGGGCACAUCGCGAGCAACGCGACCAGCAACUCGGCAGCAACACAGGCGGGCUCGUCACUCCUGGAGCGACACGUGGAGCGCUACCGCCUGCAGCAGCAGUUGCAACAAGCAGCCGCAGCAGUCGCAGUUGUGAACAGCGUGCAACAGCAGCAGCAGCAACAGCAGCAGCAACAUCAUCAGCAACAGCAACAGCAGGCCGUCAUCGGCAUGGACGCCAAGGAGGAGGGUCUGCCGCAGUGCAAGAUCAAGCGGAACUACAGCUGCAACCACUGUGCGUACUUCACGCAGAAUCCCCGCUACCACUUGACCCACCUGCGCGACGUGCACGGCGAGAAGAUAGUGAUCAACAAGUGCAAGCUGUGCCUGUACGCCUCGCGGCACUUCCAGAAGCUGGUGCGGCACAUGAAGAUGGUGCACGGCUGCACGGACGGCAUUCCCAGCGGGCAUGGUCAGGCCAGGGGCAAGCGGGGCAUGAGUCGGGAGGCACGCAAGCGGCGGUUGGAGGAGAGUGUGGGUGUGAUGGGUGGCCAGAACCUGACGGUGGCCGUCCCAGAUGUGCCCACCCUGGAGCAGGUGAAGCGGGAGUUGCUCCUCCAGGAGGAGAAGCUGCAACGGGACAUUCAGGCCUUCAAUCAGCGGCAGCGGGAGGAGCAGCAGCGCGAGCAGCGGGAACUAGAGCUGGUGGCCUCCAGUGCGUAUGAGCGACAUAUGCAGGUCCUCCGCGACUACGAGCGCCAGUCGCCGGCCGAACCGCCCACCCCCUCGCCCACCAGCGGCUCAGCCACGCCCCCCUCCAACGGGGAGGAGCCGCAGAACCGGCUGCUCAAGUGCAGCGCCUGUGAGUUCACCACCCUCUACAGGACCCAGCUGCGAGCCCACGAGCUGGCCGAGCACGGCAAGACCAAGUUCUUCCGGUGCGACAAGUGCAGCUAUGUGACCCACAUCAAGGCGCGCUUCAGCAAGCACGUCAAGUACCACUCCAUGCCGAUGAUCAAGUGCGUGACCUGUGACUUCCGCACGCCCUACAAGUGGAAUCUGGACAGGCACAUGAAGAACCAUGGCGGAGCGGGCGCCUUCAAGUGUGCCGCCUGCGACUUCACCGCGGAUAUCAAGCAAUCGCUGACGGUGCACGAGAUGAACCACCACGUCCCACCGGUGGGCAAUGCGGGCUCCAUUUGGCCCAGGCGCCAGAACAAGGUCGGUGCCAGCGAGAUGUGCGAGGACUUCCUCAGCGACUCCGCCGAGCUGGAGGACCAGUUCAACAACAACAAUGUGGACGAUGAGCUGGACGGCGUCGAGGAUGCCGAUCCCGAUGAGGCAAUGAGCGGGGGCGACGAGGAGCAGCACCAGUUGCCCCACCACCACCACUACGGCAAGCGGAGCAAGUACGACGAGGAGGAGGAGCCCACGGAUCUGUCGCAGAAGGGCGGCUGCUCCUCGGACACCUCCAGUGUGGGAACCACCACGCCCAGGGCCCAGCGACCAGUGCCCAAUCUCAUCCCGAUCAGUAAGGGAGCCAAAGACGUAUUGAACCUGUCGAAGGAGACGAAUGCCUCGCGCAGCUCCCUGACGGAGAUCGCGUCCAUGUUCUUCAACGAGAAGCAGAUCUCGGAGAUGCUGGACAAGUCGGAUGUGCCGCAACUGUCACCGGCGACCACAGUGGCCUCCCAGAACUCCACGCGCAGCCAGCUGACCAAGAAGACCGGCUUCCUGGAGAGAGUGAAGUCGGGGGCGCACUACGAGAACCUGGUGUGCCAGUGCGGCCAUGUGGCCAAGUGCCUCUCGGAGUCGAUCAUCCACGGCAAGAGCUGCCACGCCUCGGCGGUGAUCAUCGACGACGAUGACGUGGCACUGCACGAGGACGAUGCCGACGACCGACUGGAGAUCGACGAGGACGACGAGGAUCACCACUCGCAUUCGGCCCUGAAUCUCAGCGUGACGGGAUCCACGCGCUGCCAGCACUGUCGCCACCGCUGCAAGUCCUCCACGGAUCUGCUGCACCACCUGAAGCAGUGCGUCGAGGCCAUCCGCUGCGCCAACGAGAUGUACGACUCGAACUCCGGCGAGAGCGGCGACCGGCGGCCGGACACGCAGAGCCUCCAGCAGCAGGCGGCCGUGCAGCAGCAACGGGUUUGCAUCUGGAACAAGGCCACCAAAGAGAUCGUAGCCGCCGCUGCCGCCGCAUCCUUGCAGCAGGAGAACAGCAGCCACAGCCUGGUCAAGUCCCCGGCCGGAAGUCAGGCGGCCAGCAACGAGGAGAACAGCUACUACGGCGUGGAAACUGCACCCGGUUACGGCGAGGUAACCAAAAAGAUGACGCCCGAGGAGGAGGCCGCCAACUCGUCCCUGAAGAAGGUGUACAAGUGUCCGCACUGCAGCUUCUGGGCCUCCACGGCGUCCCGCUUCCACGUGCACAUCGUGGGCCACCUGAACAAGAAGCCGUUCGAGUGCUCCUUGUGCUCGUACCGCUCCAACUGGCGCUGGGACAUCACGAAGCACAUCCGCUUGAAGACGAUCCGCGAUCCCUCGCACAAGACGGCCAAGGUCCUGAUGAACGACGAGACGGGCCGCAGGAACUACACCAAGUACAACAAGUACAUCACCCUGAUGAAGGUCACCGAGGAGGAUGGUGACCCCAAGCUGAUGAAGUCCGGCGAGAUGACCCCCAACCAGGUGGCCUCGCUGGCCUUUCUCAAGGACUACGCCAAGGUGGGCUCGGUCACCGGGCAGGACAUCACCCUGGAGCCGGUGCUGCCCAGCAAGCCGAAUGUCCUGGACGACGCCCAUCUGGCGGACAACCUCAUCCGCAUCCCGCUGCUGGCCACCAUGAUGAAUGCCGCAAUGGCCCAGCAGCAACACCACCAGCAGCAGCAGCAGCAAAAGGAGCACCAGUCCACGAUGAUCACGCCCUCGGUGACCAUUUCGCCGGUGAAGCGACCCAGUCAGGGAUCGGUGAUGCAGGGCAAGCCCAGCGACGAUCUGAUCACCGAGGUGCACCAGGAGGGCAACGAGAAGAGAACGGUCUACCGGUGCCGCAAGUGCAACUUUGGCCACCAGAACCGCGACGCAGUGCUGGCGCACGUGAAGAUCCACUACCAGGACGCCAGCUACCCGAAGUCCAACUCCGCCGCCGGCACCUCGCCGCUGCAGGUGUCCGUGGGUGGGAACCCGUUCUACAUGAACAAGGUCUUCGCGGCCAUGUGCCUGUCGCAGCAGACCCAGUCGCAGUCGUCGCCCAACGGUGGAUCCGCCGGGACAAGCCCGGCCAUCUCCGCCGGACUGCUGCAGCGGGCCAUCCAGGAGGCCCAGCACUCGCCCACGCCCAACGCCAGCGCUCUGAGCGGACUUGCUUUGGCGUUGGUGGGCGGAAAGCCACAAGCCAAUACGACGAAAGCCAGUGCCGCCUCCAUUUUAGAGCACGGUGAGCAGAAAGCGAGUCAAAACGAGGCAAGUGCCGACAGUCUGACGUCGCCGAACACCACCACCACCACCACCUCUAGUAGAACCACCAAAGCCACCACUAGCACCACCAAAGACACCGCCAGAUCGCUGCAGGAUCUGCUCACCUCACCGCGCAGUGCCAGAAAUGGAAAUCAUCUAUCUAACGCUAACAGUAACUCGGUUGUGGGAAAUGGACUCCGGCAGGAUGCCCUCUACGUCGCCUCAUCCAACACCACACCACCACCACCACAACCCUCCAACUCAGUCAGCAAGCCCAAUGCAUCGCCUUUGCCAGUAACUACCACUCCUACUCCUAUUUCUACUGCCACAAACUCUCUGGCUCAUCAACUGGGUGCGGGUAACCACAGCUCAUCCACAUCCUCAUCCCACCACCACCAACACCACCAUCCACUCAUGGCCGGUGAUGGUUACCACCUGGCAGCGGGUCUAACCCAUGCCCACUCCAUAAGCACUAACACGAAAGCCCAUCCCAACUCCAACUCCUUUCCCUCGUCAUCGUCGUCGUCGUCAUCGUCUUCGGUGGCCUCCACUUCAUCGGCCGCCGGCUCCGCUUCCGCCUCCGCGUCCGCGUCUUCCUCAUCCACAUCGUCGCCGCCGCCUCCGCCAGCCUCAUCCUCCUACCUGGCUGCGAUGGCGCCGCAGCAGCAGCAUCAGCAGCAGGUGCAAGUGCCCCCUGCCGUGCCGAUGCCCCAUCCGCAGACGAGAUUCCAUAGCCAUAGUCCAGGUAGUCCCAGCCUCCUGACCAUGGCCGAUGGCGAUCGACGCGACCCGUCGCCGUAUCGCUGCGGCCACUGCCACCAGGUCUCGAAUUGGAAGCAUGUCAUCCAGCGGCAUUGUCGCUUAAAGCAUUCCGGGGAUAUUCGGAUCGAGACCCUUGAGCGAGGAGCCAGUGGCUCGACGAACGCACCACCCAUCUACCGACCCUUGGGAGCAGGUGCCAGCAACGAGUCCCAGUCCCACAUCCCGUCCAACCCCACCAGCAAUGUCCUAAAGUCCGGCACCAAUGCGACUGCCGCCAGCAACAACAACGCCCAGCUGCUGAUGACCACCAAGCAGCUGGAGCAGCUCCUCCACUCGCCGCUCUCCGCCAGCGCCGCUGCGGUGGUGAACGCGGCCAAUUCCCAGCAGGAUCUCCAGGUGGCGGCGGCCUAUUGGGCCGCAGCCUGCAAGGUGGCCAGCAGCAGUGCCGAGGAGCUGCUCCAGUUGCAGCAGAACGACCAGAUCGAGAUCACCCGGCUGCCCUCGGCCGCGGAGCACAGCGGCGCCGGUGGUAACAACACCAAGAGCAAGCAGCAGAAGUGCCCCGUCUGCCCCUACAUCUCGGAAAGCAAGUCCCAGAUGAACUACCACGUGUCGUUGCACAAGCCCACGCAAUACGAGUGCCGGCUGUGCACCUUUGUCUGUGCCAAGAAGCAGCACCUGAGCAGCCACAUGAGGAGUGUCCACCAGCAGCAGAUGGCCACUGGGGCAGGAGCAUCCGUGGGCGGAGGAGGAGGAGCUCCCUCCCAGUGCCUGGACUUCAGUGUGGCCUACCAGCUGGCCGCUGCUGCCAAGCAGGUGCAACAACUGCCCGCCUCCACGCCACUCUCCAUUGAUCUGUCCCAGCUGCAACUGGACGCCGCCUCGGAUGCAGAGCUCAACCCACAGCAACUGCCGCCGGAAUACCAGUACAAGCUGAUCAGCUACUGUCCCAGGUGUCCGGCUCGAUUUGCCCAGAAGCACAAUGACGAGCGCAAUGCCAAGCAGGAGCUGGAGGAGCACCUGCUGGCCCACAACGACCAGGAGUCGGAGGAUCAGGGAUAUGUGUGCGCCUACUGCGAGUAUCGCACAGCCGAGGAGACCCUGCUCCAACUGCACCGGGCCGUGCACAUGUCCCACUACCAGGAGAAGUGCCAGCAGCUGUACAAGAACUGCAAGGAGGAUGUGGAGUUCCCGGCCCCCAAGCUGCUGCAGCUGACCGGUCCGGAAACCAUCUGGGUGGUGGACAAUGAGCUCAGCUUGCAGCUCCUGCAGCAGACCACCGGAGGGGGGGUGAGCUCCUCCACCGGAAACUAUGAUAAUCAGAACUCCCUGCUCAAGAAGCAGCUGGAGUCGGGCGGUGGCCAGGUGGUGGCCAUUCCACGGGAAUCAUCGGUGUCCAAAAUCGAGGGUGACGCCCCGGAGGAAGAUGAAGAGCGACGAAGCAGCUCCACGCCGUCGACCAGUGCCUCCGUGGCCACCAGCGAUUUGGCAGCGGAUGCCAGCAGUGAUGCGGGAUCAGUGGACAUGCCCCAGUCGGUCCCGGCUCCCCAACGCUGUCUCCACUGUCCGUUCGAGACGCAGCAACACGAGGAGCUGCUGCAGCACCUCCAGAAGCAUGCCUGUGUGAAUACUCCAUCGCCCGGCUGCCAGCAGUGUGCCCACUGCGAUUACAGUGCCGUCGAGGAGUCGGAAAUGGAGGAGCACACGGCAUUGCAUUUCAAUGCCAGUGAGAAGCUGAAGUCCGUGGAGUUCUACACCUGUUACGAUCAGCUCGAGAUCAGCGUGGAGCGGGAGCCAGAGGAUAAAAACAGUGCCUGCAAGGAGCAGCAGACCGAGCACAACAACAACCAGGACAACGUGAUGAAUGCGAAUGUGCAGCAGGAGCAGGGCAGCCUGGAUGAAGAGCCAGCGGACGAGGCGAUGGAGGAACCGCCGGCCAAGAAGCCCAGCACCAAGUUGAUUCUGUACAAGAACGAGGGCGGCCUGAGUGUGAAGCCACCACAGGAAGAAGCCACUUUGGAGUCGCAGAAAGGCGAGAACAUCAGCGAUCGCCUGCGCCGAAGGAUCCUCCGGGGAAGUGCCAACCAGCCGGAGGACUCCCAGGCCCAGGAGCGACCCCCAACACCGGACAAAAUGAUACUGGUCAAUGCCAGGACUGGCAAAGUCAUUUCCAAAAAGUAGACCUCCAGAGGUCCAAUCUUUUACUAUGUUUAAACACGUAACACCUAAGUUUACCUUAUGUCUAGCCUUAAGUGAGUUUUGGUUUUGUUUAUACCUUGUUGUUGCUUAUGUUUUCUUUUUUUUGGGGUAUGAUUUUAUGGAGUUUGGGAUUCGAUUUAGGCACCUUUCAAAGAUUUCUAUUGUCACUAACACACAACCACAUAUACACACCUAGUUGGAACAUGUUCCUGCACUUAAAACUUGUUUAGUUGUAAGCCCUAAGUUAGUCUUACGUAUCGAUAAUUUAUCAAAUCAAACAAAAUUCGAAUACUUUACAAACGGGACAAACCCUGAAUUCUUACUGUAUUUACUUGAUAGAACGGUGCAAAAUGUAAUUUAAAUUAAUUGUAAUGUAAAUUAUCGGAGAGAAAUCUGUAAGCAUACGUUAAAAUGUAGACACUAUAUUUACCAUUGGCUAAAUAAGCAAAAUGUAACAAGAAGAAUUAACCCAACCAGAGCAAGAUCCAAAAGCGUUUCAAAGAAAUCAAGUUUGUAUAGGGAAAAAAGAUAAAUUCAAAAUUAAGUCUUGCUAUAAUUAAUUCGUUUAUGUUUUGAAUGGGAACUGUGAUUAUUGAUAAUUGUAAAUGAAAAAAAAAGAAAGUGAGCGCGUAUAUCAUGCAAUGAAUAUGGUACUAUAUACAUACUAUAUAAAUCUAUAAAUAUAUAUAUUUACACACAGCUGCUGCGAGAACAAACACAAUUUAAAUGCAAUUCAAAAAUCAACAGAGAAUAGGGAAAUUUUUGCAAUAUUUGCAAUAUUAUUUUGUACAAGUGCAGCACACGGUUAAAAUUAGUUAUUAGUUCUACUAAGGAAUAGUUAUGUUCUUAUCAUUACUACGAUUGUUUUCCAACAAACGGCGUAUUUGUAGUACAGUGUAAGCGUAAACACUACAAACAAAAUGUUAUCAUAAACUCUAAGCAAACGAAAAGAACACAUGUGGAAUAGCGGGGCCAUAUUUAAAUAGUUUAAAGCAAGGAAACAUUAAAACAAAGCAAAUCAAAACAGAAGAUAACGCAAAAAAGCGAUAUGUAUACAGAAACUUACUUGGAUAUAACUGCAACCGCCUUUGAUAUGCAUAUAUACAUCUUAUAUCGAUACCGAUAUCUAUACACACAAUAUAUUAUAUACUAAAUAGUCCUUAACAUUGAACUACAUUUAAACUUAAAGCUAGUGUAAAUAACUUAGUUUUCUUUACUACGCACACAGAAAAACACAACACUUACACACACACCAACACACACGAAGAUUUACGGCAUUAAAUUACAACAGAGAAAAAUGUACAAAAAACAAUUGUUAAUAAAGAAAUCAAAUAAAAAAUACACAAGUUGCAUUUA